CACAGACAUUCUGUUCUUGGGAGCAUUCCCUGCCCAGAGCAGUGUGGCAGCCUGAGGGUGCUGCUGCAGGACCCAGCCAGCUGGCUGGGACACCUUACAGCCAUCGUGCCCCUGGGUCUGCGCCCUGAGCUGAGGAUUUCAGAACCUCUUCUUCUGCUUUCUGGGGCUUUUCUGUCCAAGUUUCUCAGCAAUAACUGCGAAGGGUUAAUGAUCACACUGUUAGUCAUCAGUCCCUUAUCAGUGCCAGUUUGGGCUGCAAAUGUGUAGUUGUUCCAGUAUCUUCCCUCAGCCCAGGAAAGAAGCUAACCUCUUUACCCUGGUGUGUGGCUGGGCUCGAGAAAGUGAGGAAACUUGAGUCAUGCUGUAUUGUUAAUAAAAAUGUUGCAAAAAUUUCCAGUUUCCCCUGCUCGAUAUUGCAAUAAAUACACAAGUGUGUGAGAAACUGUUUGCACCUAAACCACAGUGAUUUUGAUAUGGGAUUGCCCAGAAUGCUGUGUAGUUAAGCAUGUUUGUCUCUGGGAGUGGGACUGAUAAAGCAAGUCUUUGUGUGUAAUAUACUGAUGUUUGCAUACAGAGAUCCUGUAUGUUGCUGUGAACUUACUUUGCAAAAGAUUAUAUCCAAAUAUAGAAGUUACUAUUAUUAUGCAAAACCACCUAGUGACUAAACCAAACCUCAAGGUUAGGACCCAUGUGCAAAGCAGUUUUUCCCAAAGUAGAUGCUGUGAGAUAUAAAAUGGUCUGACCUGUGCUAAGUCAUAUGGUUCACAGUCUUGUCUGCUAUAUCCAUGUGCUUGAAACUGGAAUGUGGCCCUAUGAAAGAAACAAAAAAUGCUGUGGCUGCCUGGCUAUGGCAGCAUGCUCAGGCAGAGCAGCACAGCUUUCCACGGGCCAUGGGAGAGCGCUGCUCCUGGUUCUUGCCUCUGUACAUUUCCAGCCUAUCCUCAUGGGAAGGACUUUUUAAGAACACAUCCUUUUUCCUGUUGAUGUUUUUUUUCUUUUUAAGAAAAGAAAAUGGUGACCAUCUUUGCUGUCACCACUUUCCCAACAGCAUGUUCAUGGGACCUCUGAGAGUACUGGGUUUUUACAUGAGCAGUUGCAUUUUCAGUGACAGCUGUGGCUAGAAAAAUGUGUGUCUACAUGUCACCAAACACAUGUAUGUGGUUAAAAAAAAAAAUUGAGCUCAUCCUAGUAAUUCAGAUGAAUAACCAUUGAGUUGAUUCACAGAUUUCUGUAUGGAUGCUGAUAAAGUUCUUUAUUAAGACUGAGUCAAAGGGUCUGGGUGUGGAAAAUUAAACCAAGGAUCUCUUGUGCUUGAAACAGAUAUUCAUGGCCAAACCAAGAGAGUGGUCAAAUCAGCUGAAGUCCUGAACAUUGUGUCCCUAUAGAGCAGAGGAAGAGAUGUGAAUUUGAAAGCCCCAAAGACCUAGUUCUGCAAAAUUUGUAAUGGCCAAUUAUUUGUUAGGAAAAGUGAUGACUCACUUUGCCUUCAGUACUCUAAAAGAUAAAAAAUUAAAGCCUGUUAGUUGUCUUGCUUUCUGUCCCUAACUAUUUUUUUUUUCCCAGUAACUUUUGUUUCUUUAUUUCAUUUUUCUGUCUCUUCAUUCUGUUUCCUAAAUGCUGGUGCUGUCUGUCUUUUCCCUUGAGUUCAUCCCCCUGAGUUUGCUUGAAGCUUGGUCAGGGUUUCAGCACUGUGCUUGGAUGCUGGAGAAGGUCAAGGGCUGCUCACGAGCAAUAACAUUGGCCUGCUGCUCUCUACUCAUCUGCAGAGUCAAACUGUUUAAAAUUAAGAUCCUGCUCCCACUCAACUUCUCCAUUUGGGGUUUUCCCCAAAGCUUCCCAGAAGCAGAUGGUGCUUCCUGGAGCUGUGCUUGCAGAGCACUAGAGUUUCUGCAGCACUGCCUCCUCCCGAGAAAUCCAGCUGGAUGAGGAAAGUCUGUACAAGCUGUUGUGCUGUUCUGGUGUCAGCCUGUGUGCAGUCUACAGCCUGACCAGAAGCAACCUGAGGACAGGUGCUGAUGUCAGGGAUGAAAGGAUACCUGGGUUAAAAAGCUUAACUUAGAAAGGAGCUUAGGCUGUGCUGAGAAAUGCAAUUCAAAUCAAUUUAACUGAUCCCAUAAAGAAGCAGCAGGCCUUUCCCUUUGCCACUGACUUCAUGGUGCAAUGGUUUGUCUUUGUUCUAGAGCUUCACGGAAGGUUCAGGAAAAGAUGCCGUAGGUUGAGAUACCUCCUGGGAGGGGAGAUGGAAAUUGAAACAGGUUAGAAAUGCUUCGGGAGAAAGCUCAAUUAAAGGGAAAAGGUGAAAGAGGGUAUAUGUUGCAUUAAGUACAAAAGAGAAUUGACACUUUCUUUGGAAAAUUAGUAUUUUAAAUAACAGGAGACUUUAAAAUUACUGCCUUCAGAGAAAAUAUAGUAGGUUAUUUUAGGAAAGGAAGGGGAAAAAAAUUAAAACAAGAGACCAGAAAGCAAAGGAAGAGGACAGAGGAGGAUUAAGAAAGAGUGAGGGUAGAGAUGGAGCCUAAGGCACUGCCUCAAGGGCAGCACAUUUUGGACUGGGGAGAGAGGCUGCCAAGAAUCUUGUGUGCACAAUUAAGUUGAGACUACAAAACCAUUAGGGUUUAUGGCCACUUAAGUUAUUACAAAACCAAAUAAAAUGUUUAUUUUCUUAAAAUGUAUUUUGUUUCUGUUUGAGAGUUCUGUUUGAAUGUCUCAUGCCUGUGCAGCCUGUGGCAUGAGCUGAUGUGACUGAGCCAGUGCUGCUUCCUCUGUGAGCUGCCACUUCACAUCCUGAAGGGAUGGGUUCACCCGGCUUUGCAAGGCUACACGGAGGGUUUUUACAGGAUUGAACCUGGGUGUUCUUUAUGUCCUUGUGUGUUUCCUGCUGCCAUUGUACUUUUUCUUUGAUCACAUCACUCACCAGUUUUGUGGAAGGUGAAAUCUAUUCUGUAUCUUGGAUUCUAACUGUGAGAAACAUCCUUGGUAACCUUGUGAUGCUCCAGAUGGUAAAUUUGCAGUCCUUACAUUGCAGUAAGGCAAAAUACUUUUCAGUGGCUUGUCUUGUAUCCUAACACUUCUAAAACAUUUUCAUGCAUGAUCUUUUCAAAGCUACUCUGGGGGAUUUCCACUCCCUUGCUGUUUUAAAAUGCUUGUACUGCUGUGUUAACCACAAAGCUCACGCUGAUAUGCUCUGGCUCUCUGUCUCUCUGUCUCUCUCUCAUUUUCUCCCCAUUGAGGACUAGCUACAGUUUCCAGGUAUGGUUUUACCAAAAUGUGUCUUGUUAAUGCUGGCAGGAGCUUCACUUUGCCAGAAUUAUUUUUCACUUCAGAAGGGCUGUUCAGGGGCUUGGCACGCAGGGGUUUGGGUUAGGCUGCAGACCCAAAAACAUCUCAGGGAACAAGUUCACCCCCUGAACUGGCAAAGUGGUGUCGUGCUGUUGUAAGGGUGAGAGGCAGAACCUUCUUACUGAGAUUUCUGUCGGUGCUUGGGAAGGUGAGAAAUCAUUCAGAGAUUGCUACAGAAGUGAUGGCAACAAGGUGAUUUUCCAGCUGUGAAUGAGGUUAUUUUAAGGCAUAACAAUAUUGUGUUGAUUAGAAACAGAUUCCUUGAUAAUGCAAAAUUAAUUAAUUAUUUUUAGAACAUCAGGGAAGACAGUAGAUGUAGCAAAUAAGUAAACUGGCUGUAAAAUCAAAGCUGCUUUAGCACCAGACACACUUCAUUAAUUGUAAGAAUGUAUUUUUAAUUUUUUUUUGAAUGCUGUGUCGUAACCUGUGUCUUAAAACCCUGAUGCAGUCUAGUCUUAUGGGAAUUUAUUGUAAUGCUUGACUGUACCUCUAUGCAAAGGAAACCCUACUGUCUUACUCUGCUUAGUGAAAAUUUGCCUAUGGAGAUGAGCAAACUGAUGCUUGCUUAGUAAGGUUUUACUGUGCCUUGAGGAUGAGGUAAUAUUACAGUUGUAACUUCAAUAGCAUAGUGGUGUCUGUAUUCUAAAGAAAAUGUUUAUUCUGCUGUCCUCUGCAGCAACAUCCCCUGGAGGGGCUCAGGCACAUAUCCAAUAGGAAAUUGUUGCUGUUAGAAAUACUCUCUCCUGGGUACCAGCUGGUCACUGCCCUGCAGCUUUUAAGUGAUUGGAACAACAGCAGAGCAGUUCCUGAGGUCCAUUUGCUGCCAGGUGAAGUGGGAGCGAGCCCUGAGUGGUAGCAGUGGGUCUGUGUUGGUGCAGCAGGGAAUCCUUUCCCUCCUCAGCCUCUGCUGCAGGGACACACAUGGUGCAGCCAGGGGCCUUCUCCCAUAUGGGGACUCUGCAAGUGUGUUUUGUUGUCAGCCAGAAUGUUCUAAGCCUUCCUGGGCUGGAAGGGACAAGGAUGAUCCCCAGUGAUGUCAGAUGUCAUCAUCUCCUGUUUCCACAUGACUGCAUAUAACUUGCUAUAUCUUAAAUAUGUAUCUCAAACUGUGUAGAUACUUUUGGUCAUUCUUUAGCAAACUGUUUGCUCUUCUGUGUGUUGAGUUGGGCCAUAUAUUUCUUGUCCCCAAAAUAGUGGGCUUUUGGAGGGCCUUAGAGUAGUAAAUCAUACAACUCUGUUAUUUUAAUUAAAAAGUACUGGAGGCAGCUAAUCUGUUUAUAAAUUUAAUAGUUUAUAAGGCAGCUUGGAGGGCUUUUUUUAAAUGCAAGAUAUGUUCCCCUCCAUCCUGUUUCUGCCUGUUACCUCCCAAUGAAGUGACUUGAUCUUAGACCUCCAAAUCUGGCAAAACUUUUCCCACUGUGCCUUUUAUGGUCUGAUCUACCAUAAAAGGUAGAUAAUUUUAGAGGGAGGGACAGGGCAUCUUCUAAGACUUGUCCCUAUCAAGUGUAUUAGGGCAAAGCAACACAGCUGAACUAGAGCUACAGAAAGGUAGGUGCAUAACCUUUUUUUCUGUGCCCUGUUGAAUGUAUGACAUGGAAGCUGGUGAGGAAGGUGCUUUUUACUGGGAAUACCCCAGUCCUGGGGGGUGGCUGAGCAUCACCCUCCCCUCAUGCAGUGAUCAGCCCCAUUUGCUGGGCAGCAGGACCAGGGAUCCUGUCUUCUUGUCCAUGUGUGGUGAUCAAAUCUGUGAUAACAGCCUGGAUAUUUUCCCUUCUCAGUCUGAGACAUGGUAGCACCCAGUGUCUGUGCCUGGUUCUGCUGUCAGGGAAGUUUUGGCUGUAAUGGUGCAGUCAUAGCUCAUGGGGUAAUGAUUGGCUUCAUAUGAGAGAAAACAGGAAAAACAUGUUCUCUUAAAAAAAAAAAAAAAGCAACCACAUUAUAAGGAAUGGCUUUUCCUGUAUGCAGAAAGUGUGUCUUUGUGGCUAGAAAAGUUAAUCUGUCCACUGUAGUUCAGUGUGAUCAUGGUUCCACACAGCCUCUGUCAUUCUGACUGCUGAUGCUGUAGAUAGAGAGCAGCAGUGCUGGAGUGGAGCUGUUUGAACAUGGGUUUAAAAUGUUGAUGCAAUUUUAUAGUCAUGCCUAUGCUGAUUUUUCUCCUUAUUAUUAUGUUCUGCUCAAUUUCUGAACAACAAGCAAUUCUAAGUGUGGAGCAUUUUACUGGAAAAUGUUUGGGCUCAGUUUGGUGUGGUGGUAGUUAAAACAGAAUAGCUCCCAAUUUAUAAAGUUUAUUUUUAUUAUGAAAAUUCUCCCACUUGGAUUAUUUCCAGUGAGGCUAAGGCAGCUGCAUAUAAAGAGCUGUUCCAGAAGCAUUUUGCCUGUGCAGCUCAUGCAGGCAAGGCUGGGAUGCUGAAGUGGUGGAAAGGUGCAGCUGGGAGCUCUUUGUACUGCACUGCCUUUGAGCUCCCACUCACUGGUAGCUUUUAUAGGACUGGGGCUUGACUUCUAGUGAUUCAUACCGCUUUUUUAUGUGUGGGCAGAAUUAAUUCUAUUUAUUUCAGUAUAGGGGAAUCCUUUUUUUUUUUUUAAUGUGUAGAUUUUCAGUCUCCUUAGAUUGGGGAGUUUUGUGUGUGUGCUGUUGCAGUGCAGUUGCAGUGAAAAUCCCCUUUACAGCGUGCACUGUGUCUGCCACAAGAGCAUCAUUACGCAGCACCAGCCUGCCGCUCUCUGCUAUUUUAAACCAGCAUUACAGUUCACACGUGUGCUGAAAAAUUGCAGCAUACACAAAGGCAGGACAGCUUCCCCUUGCUGGAAGCUGUGAGCAGACAGAAGUGAAAGCUACUUCAGCCCCUACCUACGCUGGCCAGGCAUCAGCGUAAGCAGGAAAUUGAUUCAGAUAACCCUGGGCUGCUCUCACUGCCACCCAGCAGCACUUUUUCCCCUGACGGUUUCCCUUUGGUUUCAGUUCAGAGCCCAUGUGCUGGAAGGCAGGAGCGGGAGCAAAGCUGCAGCAGGCUGCCCUGAGUCACUGAAUUAAUAUAGCAAAAAACUUGCACGUAAUUAAGUAAAAUAAGAGUUUACUGCUAGAAAUGAAUGAUCAAUGGGAAAAAGAAUGAUGUCAAGUUAAGAGGCUUCAACUCCUGUAACACCAAAACAGAAGGUAAAAUCCCCCUGCUGGCUUCUUUUUUUGCAUGCUCCUUGCUGGGGAACCACAAAGCCAUCUCCUGCUUGAACCAGUGCAAUGAUCUUGUAAAGUCAUAUGGGUGGGCUCUACUUUAAGUGGAGACUUUGCUGGUGAACAUUAAGGCCAAAACUUGGCCUCUGCUAAUCAAAAACCAGCCAAACCAUAAAAAUCUCAAUUCUGUGGAAUAAUUUUCAGAUUGUGAAGCUCUUUUCCAAAGAAGUGUGCUUUGAUGCUUGUAGCAUGAUCUUUUUGUGGUUCUGUGAGUGUUUUAUUGUUCUUCCAUAGCUGGCACCAUGUUUCUCUCUGAAACCUGUCUCCCCCCUGCAGAUGAGAGCCCUCCUGCCAGCAGCAGCCUGCUGCAAGCGGUAGCUGAGGCAGAGUGGCUGCCAGGGAGUGUUUGAAGAGCUUCUCCCUGCGGCUGCUUCGCUUCCCAGUGCGGCUCCCAUGGCCUGUGACGAGCCCGCUGCUCUCUCGGGCAUCUUCACACGCCAGAACUCCUCCAGCACCAGCUCCCUGGACUUCGAGCCCCACGCCGACUACAGGUUUGUGGAGAGCCUGGAGGAGCGGUACAAGUGCGCCUACUGCCACCUGGUCCUGCGCAACCCCCACCAGACGGGAUGCGGGCACCGCUUCUGCCAGCAGUGCAUUCUUGCACUGAGAGAGUUAAAUGCAGUACCCACCUGUCCUGUCGACAAAGAAACAAUAAAAAUGCAUGAGGUAUUCAAAGACAACUGCUGUAAAAGAGAAGUUCUCAACUUACAUGUGUUCUGCAAAAACUUUCCUGACUGCAGUUCGAAAGUAAUUCUGGGGCGAUAUCAGGAGCAUCUGCAGCAGUGUCUGUUUGAAUGCACACAAUGCACUAAUGAUGGAUGUCGGGAUCGAGUUCUUCGCAAAGACCUGAAGGAGCACUUGAGGCAGCAGUGUAAAUUCCGAGAAGAGAGGUGCCAGUACUGUAAUACAUACGUGGUGUUCAUUAACAUAGAGAAUCAUGAGAAAAAUGACUGUCCUGAUUAUCCUGUGCCUUGUCUCCAAAACUGUUCACAAAUAAUUCUGAAAAAAGAGAUUGAAAAGCACCAUGCUGUGUGUCCCGAGGCAGAAGUGGACUGUCCAUACAAGCAGUACGGCUGUCAUGUAAAGGUUAAAAGAGGGAAACUUGCUGAACAUGAAAACAGUGCCCUGAGGGAACACAUGCUGCAGAUUUUAGACAAGAACUCACGGUUGGAAGAGCAGAUAUCUGACCUGUAUAAGAACCUGGAAUAUAAAGAGAUCAAAAUCCAGCAGCUAGCAGAUGCCAUUAAGAAGUGUGAGAAAGAAUUCAGACAGUAUACACAACUAUUUGGUAACAAUAGCAACUUGAUGGUAAGCACUCAGGCUCUGGCCAGUCACCUGGAUAAGUCUGCACGCCUGGAAUCACAAGUGAAACAGCUAAUACAGAUGGCAAACCAGCAGCAAAGUAAAUUAGACCUGCAGCCCCUGUUAGACACAAUUGAAAACGUGAAACAGAAGAUUGCCCUGAUGGAGACGUACGACCAGCGUUUAGUUGUUUUGGAAGAUCAGUCCAGCAAACAUGAUCUCCAGAUCAAUAUUCACAAAGCACAGCUCAAUAAAAACGAAGAACGAUUUAAGCUUUUGGAAGGCACGUGCUACAAUGGGAAAUUAAUCUGGAAAAUCACAGACUACCAGAAGAAGAAAAGAGAGGCAGUGGAAGGCCGUGUGCUGUCCAUAGCCAGCCAGCCCUUCUACACCAGCCGCUGUGGCUACAGGUUGUGUGCCAGAGCCUACCUGAACGGGGAUGGCUCAGGAAAGGGAACACACAUCUCCCUCUACUUCGUGGUCAUGAGGGGUGAGUUUGACUCGCUGCUGCUGUGGCCUUUCAAGCAGAAGGUUACACUUAUGCUUUUGGACCAAAGUGGGAAAAAAAAUCACAUCGUGGACGUCUUUAGAGCUGACCCCAACAGCAGCAGUUUCAAAAGGCCGGAUGGAGAAAUGAAUAUCGCCUCCGGCUGUCCGCGCUUCGUGCCGCACACCGUCCUGGAGAGCACAAAGAACACCUACAUCAGAGAUGACACUCUCUUUUUGAAAGUGGUCGUGGAUCUAACUGAUCUGGAGGAAUUGUGAAAAACAUGCCCAGUCAAUGUGACUGCUGUAAGCAUGAGGAACUGUUUUUGUGGUGAACACCAGCCACGCAAUAGCAAAUUGCCACCAGUCAAGCUACUGAGACUGUUUCAUGACUUUGGACUACAGGACAGAUAAUGAAUUGCCAAAGCAUCAGCCUUUCCUUUUCUAUCCUUUUUUCCAAGACUGCAUUUUUAAGGCAGCUAGAAGUCCAGGUUGGUGCAAACAUGCAUUCAAUCCAGAUUGGUUCCGUCCACGGUGGGGGGAAUGAUUGGCUCCCAUCACCAGACUGGCAUUUGGAGAAGAACCUCCUCCAGUAAAUUCCCAGGAGUCCAGGCAGGCCUGUGGGCUUCUCUCCCUCAGACAGAAGUGAAGCCAUGCCCAGACAUGCAAGUGCAUUUCAUCUGUCUGCAAUGGAAACAUUUCAACAUUAGCAAAUUUGAAUCAAUAUGUCUUGAUCCCUCCAUCUCCUGGAUUUUUGAAGCAGGGAGAAUGGCUUCAGUUAGGCAGGGAAAACAUUUAAAACAAUUUAUUUUAAUUGUAUUUUUCCAGAAAGCCCAGAGGAAGGGGCCAAUGCCUCCUACCUUUUUAGCCUGUUGUUUCAGCUGUACAGAGUACAGGUCACAACAGCUUUCUUGUGUCCUUUCCACUCCUGCUUAGUGCCUUGGGACUGGUUUCCAUUGGUGGUAAACAUUCACAGUCCCUGUCUGAAGCCAAAAGCUGCAGGUGCUUCUCACCUCUCAGGACAUGACCAGAUGCAGGGCACUUGGCCAGCCUGCCAGCUCCUGGCUGCACUGCUGGAAGAGGGGCAAAUCUCCUGUUCUUUUGCUUCCACAUCUGUGCAAAAGAGAUGUUUUCUGGCCUUACCAGCUCUACAAAAGGCAGGAAGAGCUUGGGGAAUAGCUCACUUAUGUAACAUGCAAUUUUCCUCUCUCCUAGAAGUUUGGGGAAGAAGGGGGAAAAUAGAUUAGGGAGUGAGGUUGCUGUAAGAACCCAAUUUUGACAAUCAUUGUGGCUUUAGUGUUUGUUAAGGGAUGACACAGCUGCUGACUGUGAUGUGUGGAGAUCUUAAUUUUUAUUCCAAGUUCCUUCCAUAUUGCAAAGGAAUGUGUGCAUUGUACAGGGUUUAUUGAAGACACACUAAAACCACCAAGGUCAGGCACUGAUGAACAAGUGACACAGAACAUAUGUGCCUUUUUAAAGCCCUUUGGGUGCCUGUAAGAGGGAUGUAAUUUUGCAUACUCAGUGAUUUUGUUAUUACCAGUGGCAGCAUUUUGCAUCUCUCAUCUCUUACAGGUAGGGAAACACCACAGCAUUAUCCAUUGCUCCAAAGCUUAUCAAGAGACAGCAAGAAACUAAGCUGGUUUUAGAGUAAGAGUAAACUAGGCAGGAUAAAAAUUAAUAUGGGGCACAGACUGAAAAGCAUAAGAUAGAAAAUUCAGGAGGGCAAAUGUGGUAAAAUGAAGAAUGCUCUUCCCACGAGGGAUGUUGAUAAGAAUUUAAAUAAUUCAAGGACUGAUACCAAGAUGAAGGCAAAAUACUUUAUUUUGUAUCUGCAGUCUUAUUGCUAGACAUUCACUUUCCCAAAUGGUUUUCAGGACGUAGUUCAGACACAUGUAUUUUCUAACUCAGGGGUGGAGGGGAAGAGACCUUAGUAAUCUGUACCUCAUGGUGGGUUAGCACAUGCAGAAUCUUUGUUUUGAUCUACAAGUCCUUUUUGUUUUAUAAUGUCAGGAUGUACUGAGCCACCAUAGGGGCUUUCCGUGUUCCUGGGACAGAUUGUGAGGAACAAAUUUUAUUCUUGUGUACCACCACCACUGACCUCAAGAGUCAUUUCAGCUGUAAACCAGAAUGAAUUAGGCAUAACACUUGGUUACAGAAAGAGCAGGCCUGUUUUGAUAGUGGUGUGCCAUUCUGUGACAUCAACCCUGAGCCUGGAUUUCAUGUCGCUUAUUACUUUAAUAUUUGUCAUGUAACUUUCAAAGUGACACACAACUUGCAUAAUAACCACUAACAACUGAUGGGAAUGUACCAUCCCUGUGUCCUGGGGCUCUCCAGUACACUGAGUGUUAAAUACAGAAAGUGAUAAAGAACUCGGACAGGCAAGGGAGGCAAGAUGAAAAGGAUGUGUGUGGCCUGGAUCCUGGGAAAUUCCCAGCCCUCUCUGCCUCCGCCACCCCAAAUGUAAAAUGGGGGUAAUAAUACUUGCAGAAGCGUUAGGGCUAUUUAAAUGUUUGUGUAGAAGUCUGAGCAUGAAAAGAGCUAAGUAUUAUUAAAACUCCAUUUCUAGUUGUUAGAGUAGGUGAUGGCAUAGUGAUGUGGAUAAGUGUUUAGUGUUUUCCUAGACAGAUUUUGGAAGCAUGUUUGGUUUUAGAUAGUUCCUACUGCAAUCUCUCCUCUGCCUACUGGUUGGGUUUAGGUUUUUGCCAUAAAUAUUCCUUUUAAAAUUCUGAAGCACAAAUUCAUCCUGGGUGAUGGAAACAUCCCUUUUGAAAUACUGCCUGUUUUAUAAAGAAUUAGUUGAGAUGAUUAUUUUUUUUAAAGACAGCCUUCUUUAAAUUUGUUUUAGUACAGGAAUUAAGAGAUUUAUGUUAAAGUUUUCAGUGAUUUUUUUACUGCUUGUAAACAGGGUUUUAAAUUUCAUCCCAUUCUUAAUAAAGAAAAAAAAUGUUGUAUAGCAUGAACUAUCAGGAAGAAUUUUGAUGUUGCAUGAAGAAUACCAAAAAACUUUUCAAUAAUAUUGUACUGGGUAAGUAACCAAAACAGUGUAGGGUAUUUCUACAUCAGCAUACUGUACAUUUCUAAGGUAUUUAUUGAUAGUUUGUAGUUGUUUGAAUAUCUCUUACUACAAUAGAGGCAUUUUUCUAGCUGAAUGUCUUUACUGUGUACAUAAUCUAAUGUAAGAAUAAAUAAUUUUAUCAUCCUUCUGGAGGAA